GUGCGCAUGCUCGGGGCGCGGGGUCGGACUCUGGGCGCGCAGCUCUUCCGCGGUCGCUCCAGUUCCCGGUGAGCCUCGGCGUGGCGGCGGUGGUGGUGUGUCAGUCCGGUGGAGGCGUGAGGCGGAGCCGGCCCAGCGCGAGGCAGCUCUGUGGGAGUGGAAGGCCCGCAUUUCCCUACCUGGAUCGCACGCUCUCGGCGCUGGCAGAGGAGAGCUCACGAUGCUUGGGAUUUGCUUUAUAUUCUACGAGGACUGAGGAGAGGCAGUAAACAAGAAACACAAUUUACUUUGAGGUCACAUUGAUAUGACAUAUGGAUAACUUCACCUGGGAAAGAAACAGCAUUCUUUUUUAUUAAAAAAGCAUAAAGAAAAGAAGUGACAAAGGAAUCAUGCCAGAUUCCAAGUCUGCACCUUUUUCUAUCAUCCAUUUGUGUUCUCUCAUCCAGCAAGACAACUGACUUGUCCAUGAAAGAUUUGUUCAUUGAUGCUGUUUUCUGCUGUUUAAAAAAGUCUUCUUCAUCUUAAUGUGUACAACUCUCCUGUAAAAUUUAAUUCAUAAAAAUCUUUAAGGCCUUAUUUAAGCUUUGAAGCUCACAGACCUUCAACGUUUAUUUAUCCCACUUUUAUUUGUUGAAGUUCUCACAAAUUUAUAGCAUUAGAAAAGAUAUGGACUUGGAAACUCACAUUCUUAUAACAGACUAUUGUGAAUUUAAGUGGCGAAUUCAAGACAUCAUCCGUGUUAUCAUCAGAAGUAUAACAUAAGUGUACAGUUCUUAGCGUUAAUGCAGACAAAGUUGUUUGAACAUGGCCUGGGUGAAAUUCUUACGGAAACCUGGUGGCAACCUUGGAAAAGCUUACCAACCUGGAAGUAUGCUAUCGUUAGCCCCUACCAAAGGAUUGUUAAAUGAACCGGGACAAAACAGCUGCUUUCUUAAUAGUGCUGUACAGGUUCUAUGGCAAUUGGAUGUAUUCCGACGAAGCCUGCGGGUUCUGACUGGACAUGUUUGUCAGGGAGAAGCCUGCAUAUUUUGUGCUCUGAAGACAACAUUUGCGCAGUUUCAGCACAGUCGGGAGAAAGCGCUGCCCUCAGAUAACCUGCGGCACGCCCUUGCGGAAAGCUUCAGAGGUGAGCAGCGGUUUCAGCUGGGGCUCAUGGAUGAUGCUGCAGAGUGCUUCGAAAAUAUAUUGGAAAGGAUUCAUUUUCACAUAGUGCCGAGCAGAGACGCAGACAUGUGCACGUCCAAGUCUUGCAUCACUCACCAGAAGUUCGCUAUGACUCUGUAUGAACAGUGUAUGUGUCGUAGCUGUGGAGCAUCAUCAGAUCCACUACCUUUUACAGAAUUUGUGCGGUACAUUUCUACAACAGCCUUAUGCAGUGAAGUUGAAAGGAUGAUGGAAAGGCAUGAACGCUUGAAACCUGAAAUGUUUGCAGAAUUGCUCCAAACAGCAAAUACAGUAGAUGAUUAUAGGAAAUGUCCAAGUAAUUGUGGCCAAAAAAUAAAAAUUCGCCGUGUUUUAAUGAAUUGCCCGGAGAUUGUUACAAUUGGUUUAGUCUGGGAUUCUGAGCAUUCUGACUUAACUGAAGAUGUUGUUCGGAAUCUUGGGACAUAUCUUUAUCUUCCUGGGCUUUUUUAUAGGGUUACUGAUGAAAAUGCCAAAAAUAGUGAACUUCAUCUUGUUGGUAUGAUCUGCUAUAGCAGCAGACAUUAUUGUGCCUUUGCCUUUCAUACCAAGAGUUCCAAGUGGGUAUUUUUUGAUGAUGCAAAUGUGAAAGAGGUUGGCGCUCGAUGGAAAGAUGUGGUCUCCAAGUGCAUUCGGUGCCAUUUCCAGCCCCUGCUUCUGUUCUAUGCAAACCCAGAAGGCACAGCAGUUUCUACUGAAGAUGCACUCAGGCAGGUUGUCAGCUGGUCACAUUACAAAUCUGUUGCAGAAAAUAUGGGAUGUGAAAAGCCUGCAAGUUAUAGGUUGGAUAAUUUAAAAGAAAAUGGAUGUAGUGAUCAGGCAAAACUGAGAGAUAAUCAGAAACUUCAAACCACUAAUAUUUCAUCAUUUAGUCGGAACCACAUUCAGACAAGUGGUGGUAGAGGACCAGUUAAAUUAAGUCACAAUGAUCAAAGGGAAAAGAUAAAAGAAAUUUUCAGAGAAUGUGCUAUGAAAGCCAUUGAACAGAAAAACUUACUUUCUUCACAAAGGAGAGAUUUAGAAAAGGGACAAAGGAAAGAUAUAGGCCAACAUAAAGUUGAUGAAAACCUCCCACAUUUCAAGUCUGGAUCACCUCCUGCCCCAAAUGGCUUUAGACAAUAUGAGAAUCAACAUCUGUAUCACAGUCAAGGAAGAGGACCCUAUAAACACGACCGAGUUUCCCAUCAGAGUCGAGCUUCUGAACAAAUAACUUCAGGCAAAUCUCAGAUACUUGUUCCAGGAGAGAAAAUAACAGGCAAAGUUAAGAGUGACACUGGCACUGGAUAUGAUACAGACAGCAGCCAAGAUUCUAGGGAUAAAGGAAGUGGCUGCAACAGCAACAGUAAAAGCCGGAACCGAGGUUGGAAACCUAUGAGAGAAACAUUAAAUGUCGAUAGUGUUUUUAGUGAAAGUGAAAAAAGACAGCAUAGUCCAAGGCAUAAACCAAAUGACAGUCACAAACCUAAAGGUAGCAAAGAUCAGAAUUUUAAUAACUGGCCAAAAGAGAAUCCAAAGCAGAAAGGUUUAAUGACCAUAUAUGAAGAUGAAAUGAAGCAGGAAAUAGGAAGCAGAAGUUCCCUUGAAUCUAAUGGAAAAGGAGCAGAGAAAAAUAAAGGCAUCACAGAGAGUAAAGUGCGUGGUGAAAACUGGCAGAUGCAGAGGACCGAGUCCGGAUACGAAAGCAGUGAUCACAUCAGUAAUGGGUCUGUUGGUUUGGACUCACCCGGUACUGAUGGAAGUGGCACAGUGACAGAUGUCAGUGGCGCUAAAGAACUGGUAUCUUUCAGUGACCAAAUUAAGACAGGCAGCACAAAUAUAGAACAUGUGGACUGUUUUUCCCCUCAGAGCAAAAACCAUUUGGAAGGCUUUGGAAAAGAAUUUAAGGACUUGGACACAGGCUAUAAAUCUCAUGAGCUCCACCCAGAGUCACAUCUACAUAUAGAAAAUUCUCUAAUAAAAAGGCCAGAUACCCAUGAAAGCAGUGGAAAGUUAUUUUCUUCAUCCAGCCUACAAAUGCUCAAGGACCAUACUACAAAAGACCAUAUCCACCAAUCAGAUGAACAGAAAUUUGAAAAACCGAAUGGAUGCAAAUUUUCUGAAUGGCUUAGUAAAGAAAAUUCUGAGAGACCAAGUUGGCCUGUUCAUGGUGAUGACAGUUCUGCACCUGCAAAGAGAGUAGACAGAAAUGAAAUAAUCUCAUCAUCUUUACUGUGUUCUUCGCAUCCGAGAACUGUUGGGUUAAAGCCAGAAACUGCUCCCCUCACCCAACAGCAAAAUAUGAUGGAACAGUGUUACUCCAUGAACUCUCUAUCCAGGGAACAUAUAACUCACACAACCAGCAGAUCUGAAGGUUGUCAGAUGCCAAAUUUUAUUUGCCAGAAUCUACCACCCCCCUUGCCGCCAAAGAAAUAUGCUGUAACCAGUGUGCCACAGCCAGAGCAGAAUGAAUCUAUAUCGGAUGUCAAACUUACAGAAAUGUUUGUUAAAACUAUUUCUUCUGGUUUUCCAAAGCAUAGUUUAAGGACAACUUCAGAACCAAGUUUAGAAGCAAGUACAUAUGUGAGUGAUGAGAGAUGUAAAGAAACGAUUCAAGUUAAACAGCCUGUUGACAUCCCACAAAACUACUCAGCCAACUCUUCAACUUCAGCCACUAAGUUUCCGGCAAACUCAGAUGCAGUUGUUGAUGCGUUUUGUCAACCAGAACAAGGCUUCGGUUCUGUGAGCGAAGACGAACCAGUUUCACUAACUACCUAUUUUUCAGUUGAUAGCUGUAUGACUGAUACAUACAGAUUGAAAUACCAUCAGAGGCCCAAGCUUUAUUUUCCAGAGAGCAGUGACUUUUGUAAUGAUAAUUCACUAUCUCAGAGUGAAAGACAGGUUGGACCUGUGUUACAUAGCAGUCUUGGUUCAAGCUGCCCUGUUGAGCAAGGAUAUAAACCUAGCAUACACUGUAACAGAUAGAUGAUGAAAUCAGCAAGCUUAGCCUCCAGGCUAUUAGACUAUAGUGUAUCUUUUGAUCAAACCUAGUGAUACAUAAAAUUAAAACCCAUGUCAUUAAUCACCUUAACUUCGUGUGUGUAUGAGUGUGCAUGUGUGUGUGUACGUUAUUUUACUUUUUGAUGAUCAAUUUAGUGGAUGGUUUAGAAAUUCCCUUUGAAUAGUUUUGCAUGCCUUAAAAAAUGUAAAAUCAGAGUGUAUAAUUUAUUUGCCAUAUGUAACAGUUGAAUAAAAACCAUCCCCCUAUUAAGUAGCUAGUAGACCCGUAAGUAUUAAAUCAACCAGAACUCAUGUAUGUAGAUUGUUAAACUAUGCUGUUGAAAAAUGCCAGGUAAUACGUAGUUUGUCUAGUUAAAGCAGUAUUUGCUUUUUGAAAAGCACUUUCUAACGGGUGAACAAAAGAGGGCCUCACCCAUUUGUUUCUGACUUCUGUGAUAGUCUGCCACAAAUAAAUGAUCCCUUCAAGUGUCUUAAAAAUAAUUGACCCAUGAAUUUCAUAGCUUUUAGGGGAAAAUGCCUUAAUAACAAUUUUUAAAUUGUCAGGGUCAGGUAGAACUAACUUCGCUCUUAGAACUUUUAUUUUCAGAAUAUCUAAUUAAGGUAAAGUAGGCCUUUGACUGUUUUAUGUAUUCAUAAAUACUACUUCAGCCAUGUAAGCUUAACUUUAGUAUAUUUAUUUAUCUUGUUACAUUUUUUUUUUCUAAUUUUAUAUGAAAUGUGAAAGGUUUUUAUUUUGGUUGACUUUGGGCUGCUAAUAACCAGUGUUAGGAAUUAACCCUGGGCCCCCUUAUUCAGACUGUCACUGUUAACUGCCUAAAUUUCCUCUGCUCUAAUCUCAUUGCUCAUUAGGCUGUCAAUUUAUUUUAUGUUCUCGGUUUCCAGCAUAAAUUUCUGCCUUUAGAUACAGGUUUGAAUUUUAAUGAAAUGUUUAUUUGGGCAUCUUUCCCACUUUUUCUCAAAUGAUAAUUUUAUGCCAACUACCUUCAUGGAGAAGGUUGUAUUUAAAAAACUAAAGGAAUUUUCAUUAUUAUGGUGAACUAAUAAGUACAAAUAAGUUACUUUAAUGGCCUUAUUUCAUUAGUUGUCAUUUUAUUUUCUACUAAGCUGAUAAACUAAUUGCAAUGUAGAAGUUUUAUAAUACCUGAGAAUUGAGAAUUUUAAAGUUUUCUUUACAUUCCUUUAUAGACUUCAUAAAUAUAACUUCAUGUAUCAUUAAACUAGUAAAUUUAGUAUUUUGACCAGUUCCAAUAAUUACAUUAAAAGUUCUAAAAUGUAAGUGGUUAAAAAUGAAUACUUUCGAGUAAGUAGAAAAUAAUUUGUUGUAAAACUUUAACUUUACCCAUUUAUCAAAUCUUGGCCAAAUUUUAUCCUCCCUGUAAAAAGCUCUCUACUGGCCUUGUCUGAGUUAGUGAUUACCACUAUUCUCAUAAGGUAGAAAUACAUGAUAUCAAACUAAAUUUUGUCUUUCAAGAAGCUUAUUUUUAACAGUUUUUAGAGUGGAGGUCUUGUAAAUAAUGUACUUUAUAAAAUUGUAUUUUAAAUAUCAAUGUUUUGAAUUACUGCUUUUGUGAUGUUGUAAAAUACUAGAAAAAACUGGCUUCAAGUAUUUUUAAUAGUUGCCCAAAGCUUGUCUGUAGAUUAAUUUCUAUUUUGUCAGUGUUUGGUUGGAACUAUAUAAUUUGAAACUAUAAUUUCUGUACUUAAACAGGGGUGUCAUUAUCUUUUCAAAUUUCUUAAUGUAUUGUCUAGUAAAAGCCUCCUGAAUCGUGUACUUUAGUACCAAACUAGAGAUGACCAUUUUUCUGUUGACUCAACACUCCUACUAUGGAUUCAAUGUUUACUAAUCAUUCACAUGUGAAAUUUUUACUUCUAGGGUGCCUAUUUUUAUAGAUGUUUUCAUCUGUUAUGAGCCUCAUAACUUUUUAAAUAAUGCAACCAACAAAUAUUAUAAUGUUUAAGAUACUUAGAAUAUUGUUGGACAUUUCUUUGCAUUCAUGAAUUAUAUUUCCCUCUCCUAUAUGGAUAUUUUUACCAGAAAUGUUGAGUCAAUUUAAAGUUCAAGGGUAUUUAGAAUUUCACAGGGUUACUCCUAAGUUAAAACUCCUGUAAAGUCUAAAGCACAGUUCCUAAAGAAAUUGGCAAACUUUCUAUAAAAGAUGAGAUAAUAUAUGAUUUAAGCUUUGUGGACCAUGUCUUUGCAACGGUAGAGCUCUGCUCUUGUACUUGAAAGCAGCCACCAACAGUAGGUAAAUAAAUAAGCAUGGCUAAUUUCCAAUAAAACUUUAUGGCUACUGGGGUAUGAAUUGUGUAUGAUUUUCAAGUUUUAUGAAAGCCUUUUGACAUUUUCCAGUCAUUUUAAAAUGCGAAACCUCCUCUUUGGUCAAAUGCCUUCCCACUCAAACAGGCAGCAAGCCAGAUUUGGCCCAGUGGCCCUGUUUUGACCUUGUCCUAGGCAUCAUCUAUAUUAAGUACACUCACUAACUGUAAAUAUUAUACUGGUUUCUCUCCAAAUGUAUUGGUGUGUGUAGAGAUUACAUAUUAGGAGUUCUUUACAUCUUAAAACUUUCAAAUAAAAGACCCCUCAAAAGUCAGUUCAUUUCAAAUGGAACUGCUGAAGAGUCAUUUUACUUACAUGAAAUCAAGUAUGUAGAAUUGAUAAAAAAUUUUAUCAGAUUAAAAUCAUAUUGGUUACUCUUGA